GUGGGGAUUGCUGAAGUGGGGGAGGGGUUAUUGCCCUGGCUUUCUCGGGCGAGUAGCGAAGACCGGUGAGAUGCUCGGUCAGUGAGCCCCAUGCUGGUGGUGCAUCCUGAACCCCCCGAUGGGGGCUGGGGCUGGAUGGUGGUUCUGGCAGCCUUUUUCCAGUCCGCGCUGGUGUUUGGGGUGAUCCGCUCCUUCGGUGUUUUCUUCAUGGAGUUUGUAGGGUACUUCGGGGAGUUGUCUUGGCGGGUGUCCUGGAUCACCUCCAUCGGGAUUGCCGUGCAGCAGUUUGCAAGUCCAGUGGGCAGUGCCCUCAGCACCCAGUACGGCGCACGCCCUGUGGUGAUGACCGGGGGCUUCCUCUCAGGGCUGGGCAUGCUCCUGGCUUCCUUCGCCACCUGCCUGACUCACCUGUACCUCAGCAUCGGGCUGCUUUCAGGCUUCGGGUGGGCCUUGGUUGUCACACCUUCUGUGGCCUCUGUCUCCCGUUACUUCAAGAAGCGCCGGACCUUCGCUACAGGUGUCCUUCAAGCUGGGGGUGUGUCUGCCUUUGCUCUCCCACUGGCCUUUCAUGAGGUUUGUCCUGGCCGUGACCUUGAUCAACACCGGCUAUUUUAUUCCCUAUGUCCAUUCAAGCUGGGGGUGUGUGGGGCUCUCAUCCGCCCCCUGACCCUCAAGGAAGACCUGGCCAGACCUGUGAACCUUAAUGAGAACUGUCUGGAGAAACUUUCCACCCUCUUUGACCUGCCUUUGCUCUCCCACUGGCCUUUCAUGAGGUUUGUCCUGGCCGUGACCUUGAUCAACACCGGCUAUUUUAUUCCCUAUGUCCAUCUGGUGGCCCAGGCUCGAGAGCUGCGCUAUGAUGAAUACCAAGCUGCCUUCCUUAUGUCUGUGGCUGGCGUGGCUGACCUGUGUGGCCGCCUCCUCUCAGGUUGGCUUGCUGACUGUCGGGCUUUCCGCCUCGUCCACAUCUUGGUAGCCUGGACUUCCCUGACUGGCAUCUCCUUGGCCUUGGUGCCCCUGGGGCAUAGCUACCCGGUCCUGAUGGCCAUCAGCAUCUGCUAGGGCUGCUUCUCUGGGGCGCUCACCCCUGUGGUCUUUUCCAUCCUGCCGGAGAUCGUGGGCAUUGGAAGGAUCUUCAGCUCGCUGGGGCUGCUGCAGAUGAUGGAGAGCAUUGGCGGGCUUCUGGGAGCACCAUUCUCUGGUUGGCUGAAGGACAUGACUGGGGACUACACGGCCUCUUUCCUGGCAGCUGGAGCUUUCCUUUUGGCAGGGAGCCUGGUUUUGGUCACUUUGCCCAACUUCUCUUCCUGUCUGGGCUCUUCCACUCCUUCCUGCCAGGUGGAAGCUGGGGUGGAGCCAGCCACAGUGAUACUGGCCUCUGGAGAACUCUCCUGCCCCCAGAACAGAGACUGGCCAGCCAGAAGCCAAGAUCUCCAGGAGCCGGCAUGACAAAGGGGAUGGUGGCAGCCAGUGGCUGGAUGAAGCAGGGGAAUGAGCCAUGUGGGACAUGGCUCUGUUGGUGCCCAUCAGUCAAUUAUCCCAGCCUGGGGUUUCCCCUCCCCUCACUGGGCCCAAUUCCCCAUUUAUACCUUCUGAGCUGUAGAAGGAAUUCCAGAACCUGGCUAAGUUCCUGGUGAAGAAAGUGUCAGGUCAUAAAUUCCAGCUGCAUGUGGAGACCUAGAGCUUCACCUGCCUUCCCACCCCCUUUCGUAUCUCUACAUAGAACACUCAGCUGUCCUCAACUUCCUGGGUUCUCUGUCAGAGCUUCAGAGGGGCUCUGGUCUCCAAUUCCAACCUCCCAGAAACCUGGGUCCUUAAUUUCAGAAGGACACUGAGGAAGGGGCAAGAGAGCUCAGAAGAGCCAGACAGAAAAUCCCAGAGCUCCUGUUUUUAAUUUAGCAAAGAAAAAGGUUGAGGGGUAGCUAGGUCCCAGUUGCUAAAGACUUCCACGAGGGCCAGAAAUUACAUCCAAACAAGCUCCAAUCUGGCAGCCUAUGACCUAACAUGAACUACUGGCCAGAUGUUGAAACUAGAGCUGGAUCUGGGUCUAAAACAAAGAAAAAAAUCAUGAAGGGAUCAUGGGAUGCUGUGUUCAGUGAGAAGAACAUAGCAAUGACUCCUUAAUGGCAGCUUUGUGCAAAUAGGAAAUAAAAGGCCCCUGCCUCAAUUUACCUUCUUGCUGCUAUGAAUGGCUGUCAGGAAACUAACACCCAGCUUUCCUCUCUACCGUUGGGGUGUUUUUGAGGUCCUGCAGCCCAGAAAUGCAGUCACGUAAGAACAGCCAUACUGGGUCAGACCAAAAAAUGGUCCAUCUAGCCCAGUAGCCUAUUUGCCAACAUUGGCCAAUACUAGAUGUCCCAGAGGGAGGGAGCACAACCUGUAAUCUUCACAUGAUCCCUCUUCUGUCAUCUGCUUCCAGACAAACAGAGGCUAGGGACACCAUUCUUCUAUCCUGACUAAUACCCAUUGAUGGACCUAACUUCCAUGAAUCAGUCUAGCUCUUUUUUUGAACCCUGUUAAAGUCCUAGUCUUCACAACAUCCUCUGGCAAGGAGUUCCACAGGUUGACUGCAUUGAGUGAAGAAAAAUGUCCUUUUGUUUAUUUUAAACCUGCUUCCUAUUAAUUUCAUUUGGUGAUCCUGGGUUCUUAUAUUGUGGGAAUAAGUAAAUAACUUUUCCUUAUUCACUUUUUCCACACCAGUCAUGAUUUUAUAGAUCUGUAUCCUACACACACACACCCGGCGUCUCCUUUUCUCUAAGCUGAAAAGUCCAAGUCUUUACAGACGUAAAUGCCAUCUAGACAAAUGUGUGAAUUUUGUGUAGCUAGAUGUCACUGUGUAAUUAGGUGCAGUGGAGGAAAAGAUGGUGGACCAUAUAUGGUGUAGUUUAACCACCAAAAUGUAGGAUUUGCUGAUUUAAAAGAGGGGCCCUUGUUUAGCAAUAUUACAGUUCUAAGGGAGGACAAAAGCGGCGGUUGCUAGUGCUGCCUUUUCUUGACCAGAGAUACUUUGGGAAUGGAGGGAGAUUAAAAAUGUGAUAAACUGGUGUGGUCUGUGAAUUCCUCUAGCAUGUUUCUGAGCCCAUGGGCACCCAAACCAGAGCAUGAGAAGAAGGUGACUGAAGAUUCACCUUGGAAGCAACUGAAAUUCCCCUGUGUGUGCCCCUGUCCUCUUCCCCGCUCCCUCCUCCCCCCUCCCACACAGGCAGGACAAAGGUUCAAAGUGCCUCAAGGCAAAACAGUCUGAAAGUAGAGUUUUUGCUGGUGGAAUUUAACAGGUCUCUGUGGGGGCAGGGAGCCAGAGAGGGUAAAUAUUAUCAGUUGUGGAGCUGGAUGAUUAACAGAUAUUUCCCUAAAGAUUGUGCAAAACCUCCCAGUAGUUGAUUUGUAGAAGAUAGGGGUGAAGCAAGAAAAAGGAUCAAUUCAAGUAUAGGACACACCUAGCAAUGGAACCCAGGAGUCCUGGUUCUCCACCCGUGCCCCCCAAUUCACCAGUUCCCGUUCCCCUUCCCUAACCCACUGGGUCAAGGUUCUCCUGAGCACCAAGCAGACAGAUACUGAGUUUCUUUAGUAGCAGGGCUGGAGUUUGUCCUGGACUUUCCAUAUGAGCCUGGCUUCUCUCCACUGUCUAGGACAAUGCAUCUGUCUUUUGGAAUCCUUCUUUUUCCAGGCUGCUGUUUAUUCAGGAGCCCCCUUGCCCAGCACCAAGAUGUGACCACCUCUGGGGGAGGGGUGUGGCUGGUUACACAGGGACCCCUUGCUUGGCAUUGAAAUGCAGCCACCUCUGGAGCAAGAUGACUAUACAGGAAGCCAUGCAAGCUGCAUGCAAACUUCUGAAGACAUGUAAUAGAGGCUCCAUUGGCAUGCACACUCCUAAAUUAAAAAACAAGGGGACCAAAAAUGCCUAUGGCUAAACGGCAAAGUAAAAGCAGUGAGAGGCAUAAAGUGGAAAUUGAAUCCUAUUCAGGAAAAUAGACAGGAGCAUAAACUCUGGCAGCUCGUGUAGAAAUAUGAGAAAAGCCAAAAAGGAAUUUGAAGAAAGGCCAGCCAAAGACACCAGAAGCAGGAAUAAUCAAUUCAUGGGAUUAAUGGACAAACUGCUAAAAAUCCACUCAAUAAAGCCAUUGCUGAGAAACAA